UGUUACCCCAGUGUCUGCUUAGCGUAACAACUUUGUCUGUGGUAUUCACUUCUUUGUAGGCAAGAAAUAUAAAUUUUAAGUGUAUUUCUCUACCUCAACUGCUACGCCAUGGCGGGAAACUUCUGGCAAAGUUCUCAUUAUCUGCAGUGGGUCCUGGAUAAACAGGACCUGAUGAAAGAGCGGCAGAAGGACCUGAAGUUUCUAACAGAAGAGGAGUACUGGAAGCUUCAGAUCUUCUUUGCUAAUGUGAUCCAGGCUUUAGGGGAACACCUGAAGCUGCGGCAGCAGGUCAUUGCUACCGCAACUGUUUACUUCAAACGCUUUUAUGCCAGGUAUUCCCUGAAAAGUAUAGACCCAGUGCUUAUGGCUCCUACUUGUGUUUUCCUGGCUUCCAAAGUUGAGGAAUUUGGAGUUGUAUCUAAUACUAGGCUGAUCUCUGCAGCAACAUCUGUGUUGAAAACAAGAUUUUCCUAUGCCUUCCCAAAGGAGUUCCCUUACAGAAUGAAUCAUAUAUUAGAAUGUGAAUUCUACCUUCUAGAGCUGAUGGACUGCUGCCUGAUUGUGUACCACCCCUACAGACCACUGUUGCAGUAUGUGCAGGAUAUGGGACAGGAGGACAUGCUGCUGCCCCUGGCCUGGCGUAUAGUGAAUGACACUUACAGGACAGACCUGUGUCUGCUCUACCCUCCCUUCAUGAUUGCCCUGGCUUGUCUGCAUGUUGCCUGUGUGGUGCAGCAGAAAGAUGCCAGGCAGUGGUUUGCGGAGCUCUCUGUUGACAUGGACAAAAUCCUGGAGAUUAUCCGUGUCAUUCUGAAGCUCUACGACCAGUGGAAAAAUUUUGAUGACAGGAAGGAGAUAGCUGCUGUGCUCAACAAGAUGCCGAAGCCCAAACCUCCCCCUAACAGUGAGAGCGACCAGAGCUCCAACGGCAACCAAAGCAACUCCUACAGCCAGUCUUAACGCUGUGUCUGUAUUUCUGUGGGAAUCCAUAAUGUUGAUGUAGAGAGGGGUGGACUUUUUUUAAAAUGUCACGCAGCACCAACUUUGUGAUGUCAGUUUGGGGAAAAAAAAAAAAAAUCACGCAUUUCAGCUGACCUAGAUGUUCAUCUUCGACUGACACCCCCCAACAAACUCAGAGAGCCAUGUCUUCACUUUCCCCCUCUCUCUCUGAUCAUUAUGGGUUUAUGGAUUUGAGCAAGCAGCCAUUGAACUGCCUGUGGUGAAUGGUCGGUUGGUGACAGCAGCUGUCUUCUACUCUGCUACAGACUUGAAAAUGAACUAAAACUGAGGAACAUGUUUUGGGGGGGGGGGGGGGGGGGGGGGGUGUAGGGGAAGAGGGGAGCCUGGAAUGUGGGAUAAACUGAUGGGAGAACUGCGGGGCUUGAAACUUGUCAUUGUGAUGAUCCUGACAUCCUUGAACACCCCAGAGGAGCGAGUCAUUUCGUGCGAAGCUCCAUGGGAUUCGAGAAAACUUGAUCACAAGUACUGUGUGUGUGCAUGUGUGUGUCUGUGUGCGUACAACAUGUGUGAGCGGCCAGUCUGGGUGGGUUUUCAUUCCUCAGGGACUAUAGUACCGUAGUCUUCUCUGUAAAAUAAUUUGAUCCUGUGCUGUUUAAAGAGUGGAUCUGAUUGGAUGACACCCUGUGCAACUGUGAUGUGAUUGGAUACCCCUGCCCUCUGAUGAUUGAUCAUGAACCUUGGCAGGAAAAAUCCCAAGAGAGGCUCCUCUUAAAUGAGCUGUUUUAACAAGAAUUUACUGUUUUGAAUCAUGACAACGCCACCUCCUUCCUCCCAUUCCCUCUUCCCUGUUGUAAAUAGCCUUAUAAUUCUAUUCAUUUAUUUUAUCCUUCACGUUUUUGCUUAAUUAAGGAAACUUCGAUGGAGCUGGUUUAGCUUCGUACUUGUGCUUCAUAUGAAAGUGCCCCUUUUUGUUUCACUGUCAUGAUUUGUUUUGCCUGCUGCAGAGCUUAUUUUUCUUUUUAUUGUAAUUAUUUGUGCAUUUAUUCUGCUUUAGUUGUAGAGUAAUGUAUGUUGUAAAGUAAAAUUUUUGUUAAACUUUUGUUUUUUAAUUAGCUAAAGAACAGCUUUUUUGGGGGGGGUGGUAAAUGCAAAUUACAAUCGUUCUAGAUUUGUCUGCAAAGUUUGGGUUGUACAUUCUUAUUUUUAUUUACCUUCUGCCAUCUAUUUAAUCACUGAGUUGUGGCAAUAUAUGUGUGCAUAUACCUGUAGAUGUCUCUAUAUUUUUGUGAUGUAAUACAGCUGUGUGUGUGUGUGUGUGGCUGUACUCAAAACAAGGUGCUUGAAAGCCUUACAAAAUAAAAGCUGCUGGUUACAGAGAAAACCUUUCAUAAUAGCACAUCGUCCCCGUUCAGGUGAACUGUAAAAUGUAUAUUAGGGGUAAUUGUUGUUGUGUUAAUUGGAUUCAUAGUCAUUUUUUCCUCUCAGUGGCUCCCUGUGAACUUGUCUGUGUCGGGAAAAACCACCUAAACAGGGACAUAAACAUCUAAUUAAAGGCCGCUCCCGUGUCACUUUCUUACACUGAGUGAGGAGACACAAGUGUGACAGUGAAUCCUUUGAGGCAAGUUUGAUAGGGCCUUGUUCUGGCAUUUUCCUCCCCUUAGGCGGGCUCCAUCUGCUACAUGACUGUUCACGUGAAUGGGCA